CUGCGAUCAUCAUUGAAUAUGAAGGAUCAAAAUGGUCUUGUUGACGAGAAGUGUGAAAGCAGACUAUAUAUCGGUAACCUUGACCAGAGAAUAACAGAGGCUCUUCUGCUUAAGCUAUUUUCUCCAUUUGGGAAGAUAGUUUCUGAAGACUUUCUAUGGCACACUCGUGGCCCAAAACGUGGAGAGCCACGUGGCUUUGCUUUUAUCCAGUAUAGUACUAGAGAGGAAGCACAAUUGGCCAAGGAGAAGAUGAAUGGAAGAUUGGCUUGUGGGCGCCCUUUGGUGGUUCGGCUUGCUAGUGAAAAGCUCUUGGUUGAAACAGCAGUUCAUCCUCCCAAAGCAGUUGGUGAGGCCAACAAAUCAGGCCUCGCUGGUAGCCUUUCAGGACAAAUGAGCCGGAGUGCUAAAAUAGCUGCAAUAAAGAACAAACUGAAAGCCAUGGAACAAGAAAGUUGUAGCAUGAAGAAGCCAAGGCAAGCUGACAGUACUGCUUGUGGUGGCCAUCUUGAUCAUUCAUCCAUCAAAAGGUAACAAGCUGAGUUACUGGAUGAUGCUUCUUCAGGAGUUUCUACCAUUGACUUAGAGACUAUAUGAGAAACUCGCCUGCUUUGAGGGAUUUGUGAAGUCUUAGCCAUGAGGCUAAGCUUGUAAAUUGUUCUUGAAUACCUGUUACCUUAUAUGUAUCGCAAUUACACAAUGCUCUUCAAAUGAUAGCCAUUUUAUAUAAUGGAAAGUGUAUGGGGAUGUUCCUGUGGCACCACUGUGCAUGUGCAUGAUGUGAUUGAUAUAUGAAUCAUCUUUGGCAUACCCCAUAACCUUAUAACAAUACGCCUGUAAUGCUGAGGAAGAUGAACCAUGCAGAGUUAUGGAAAUUUAUGGAAGGAAAUGUAAAUGCCAUCCUAAUUUUGUGUC